AUGUUAGCCAAACAUCUUUCCAACAACCCUACCACCCUUGUUCAUGCGGCCCUCGGCUCCCUCCCCGUGAUCAACCCGGCAGUCGGCUUUGACGCUACCAACAAAACAAUCUAUCUCCACGAUGCCUGCUCGGAGUCCAACGUCGCCGUCAUCUCGGGCGGCGGCUCUGGCCAUGAGCCGUCCUUUGCCGGCUUCGUCGGUAAGGGGAUGCUCUCGGGCGCCGUGGCAGGGUCCAUCUUCGCCUCCCCGACCGCGGAUCAGGUGUUCCGGUGUCUGAUGCGGCUGGGCGCGGAGAAUCCGCAGCGCGGCAUCCUGGUAAUCAUCAUGAACUACACCGGCGACAAGCUCCACUUCGGCAUGGCGGUCGAGAAGGCCCGCGCCCAGGGCCUGAAGGUCGCCAUGGUGAUUGUGGGCGACGACGUUGGUGUCGGCAGGCUCAGGGGUGGGCGGAUCGGUCGGCGAGGCUUGGCUGGAACCGUGUUGGUCCAGAAGAUUGCUGGCGCACUCGCUGCCAAGGGUGCCGACCUCGCCGAAGUCACCAAGAUUGCCUCAGCUGUUGCCGACAACAUCGCCACGGUUGGUGCCUCGCUGGCCCACGUCCACGUUCCCGGCCGUGCUGCUGCCGAGGACGAGCUGGACGGCAACGACGAGAUCGAGAUCGGCAUGGGCAUCCACAACGAAGAAGGCUUCUCUCGCGUGCGCCAAGACCUGCCGGGUCUUGUGCAGGCACUGCUCAAGCAGCUGCUAGACACGACCGACAAAGACCGCGCCUUUAUCGAUAUUCGAGCCGGCGAGAGGGUUGUGCUCAUGGUCAAUAACCUUGGCGGCCUAAGCCAGCUCGAGCUCGGGGCCGUAACCAUGGAGGUGUCCCAGCAGCUCGGGCAGAGAUACCACAUAAUUCCAAGGAGAGUGCUGAGCGCCACUUACAUGAGCAGCCUCAACGGGCUGGGCUUCAGCAUCACUCUGCUCAAGAUUGUUGACGACAGGUUUUCCGAGCUCCUGGAUGCCCCUACUGAGGCCACCGGCUGGCUUCCUCCAGCACCAGCGGCGAACUGGGACAGAGCAGGCCAGGCGGGCGACGACAGCAGCACCAGCACCAUUACCGAGCACCUCGAGGAGAGUCCAAGCAACCUUCUACUGAACCCCGCCCUCACGCAGGCCAUACUUACGAAGGCUCUCAACAACGUAAUAGCAGCCGAGCCCGAGGUGACCAAGUACGACACUCUCGUCGGCGACGGCGACUGCGGCCUCUGCCUGAAGGGCGGGGCGGAGGCCGUGCUGGCGCACAUACAGUCCAACGCCGGCGUCCUCGGAGAUGCCGCGCAGCUGGUAGCGGCCAUUGCGCGCGUAGUCGAGACGAGCAUGGACGGCACGUCGGGCGCGCUGUACGCCAUCUUCCUCAACGCCCUUGCCCACUCGCUGCAGCGGCAGGCCAGGCCUGCGCCGCGCCCCGCGUCGGCGGCUGUGUGGGGGGCUGCUCUGGGCGGCGCCAUGGAGGCGCUUUCUCGGUACACGCCGGCGCGGCCUGGUGACAGGACAGUCGUCGACGCGCUGGCCCCAUUCGUUGAGGUGUUUGCAGCGAGCGGCGAUCUGGCCAUGGCGGUCGAUGCGGCGCAAAAGGGGUGCGAGAGCACGAAGGGCAUGCAGGCUAGCUUGGGUAGGUCGGUGUAUGUAGGCGGGGAGGAGUGGAAGAACUGCCCUGAUCCUGGUGCAUACGGCUUACUGCUGGCCCUCAGGGGGUUCGUCGAGUAG